AUGAUUGAUCUUGAUUUGACUUUUUUGAUAGAGCGUAGUACAUCAUUAUCUUUCGUCAUACCCCUUAUCCUACUCCUUAUCACCCAUUCUGUCCCUCGUCACCUCACCUCUCUACAAACGAAAAACAUUCCGAGUCCAGCAUCGAUCUCUUUGAUGAUAUGUACGAUCAUCCGAGCACUUUUACCGAUAUUAGAUACUCAAACUCAUUUCGCCAUUGUGCAAGAACUUGGAAGAGCUUCUUUAUUUUGUCGAGUUGAUGCUGUUUUAGAAGCGUUUUUUAGUACGGCUUUGAUAGCUCAUCUACCUGUUGUCAUAUACACUUACAAUCACUCUUUCCCCACUUCGACCAAUCCCAAUCCAUCUUCACCUCGUUUAUACCUCCUCCUAAUCCCUUGGGUGUACGCACUUAUACCUACCACACCUCUUCUUAUCGACACUCUACUCCAUCCCUCCCUCCACGUUUGGUGGGGAUAUUACUGUCAUUCUCCUUCUUCAUGGUGGCGAUUCAUAAUCGGAUGGUCAGCUACUUGGUGGCCUAGAGCAGUGGAAGUUGUUUCUGCUCCUUUGGUUUUCAUAGCUUAUGGGAGUAAUUCGGAAAUUUGGAUGACUUGGUGGGCCUGGAUCAGAUUCAGACAUCCUCAAACACCAGCCUCUACCUCUACUUCUCCUUCAACACCUUCUACACCUUCAUAUCCGGAGAUGUCAACGGAUACAUGGGAUCCAGAGGUUAUCUCUAAGAUUUCAGACGGACAAUGGAGAAGAUCAACUAGAAAAAGUAUCAUGCGUCAAGAAGAACAACCAAGAAAAUAUACGAACCCAAAAUCCAAACGUAUCACAAUUCAGGAUGAACCAACAAAAUCUAAACGUGUAAAAAGGAAAGAUAACACUAAAUCAAAUUUAAACAGAUCAAGUAGUUUCUUUUCCGGUCCUCCGAUUCUUAUCCCACAAACAGGUUUAAAACCUUUCCAACCUCCUUUAUCUCAAGAUUCAAUAGGACCAGAACGAUUAUGGUUUGGAGAUUUUUUAGAUCAAAGGGAAUCAUCAAGAAGUUUGCACAUUCCACAAGAAUCAGUCUAUCCUAUGAAGAUGGACAACUUUUCUCAUUUCACACAAGAUGAUACGAAUGGGUUAAGAGAAAUGAGAAGGACCGGCACACCGAUGGUGAUAUCUUCUCAACAGAUACCUGAUCAGAAUAGACCUCAUGGAUAUAGACUCACUAUAAGAAAUUCGACACCUUCACCAUUACCUCCACCAACCAUCACUUUAACCAGUGAGAAUUCUCAAUCUUCUUCUUCACAAGGAGGGUCUCAGGAGGCGGGAGCGUUAAGAGGAUUGGGACGACUCGAUUCAGUGAAAAGGUCUGAACGAAAUGAUACAGUGGACAUGUCGGAUCAAUCUGGAAUUAAGAGAUUAAGAAUUGGAAGACAAUCUGGUCAGGAUGAUAAAUUGGAAGGAGAGAAUGAUGAACGAUUGAAUCCAAGCUAUUCUCCCCCAUUCACUUAUUCUCUCGCAUUGACAGAAUCCACAUCAAACACUUUCGGUCCUCCUCUUACAACGAACAUUACUUCAUCUGGUGAGAUACCAAUUAAUCAUCCGAGAAACCUCAUAUUGAACAGUGAUUCAAUCGUCAAUAUCCAACCGACUUAUCUCUCAGUGAACCCUGACACACUUGGCAACAACCCCAAUAAUCAGUCGAGAUCCCUCACUUCGACUCCGAAUGCUCAGAACUCGCAUCUAGACAUAUAUUCAAAACCACCAAAAUACCAAUUCCGACAAAGUGGUAUCAGUGUCAACGCAAGUAUCAUCAGUGAUCUUUCUCAAUAUUCACAAUCAUCUCUCGCUCCUGCAAAUAAGAUAUCUUCCAACUCCCACGAUGGAGAUCAAGCGAUUCCGGGAUCAUACACCAAGAACGAAACCACCUUAGAGCAAAAGACGGUGAUAUCCUCUAGGAAUGAUACUGAGGUGUUUGAAGAGAUAAGGAGGGAAGACGAUCAAGUCGGUGAAGAAUUGUUACCACCCCGAUAUGGGAAAUAUGAAGGAAGUGAGGUUUCUUAUGCUACAGGAGGGACUUUCGGCUUGAUACGUGGUACGUCGGGACGGGAUGAUGGAGGGAGGAGUACGAGUUUCAGGGAUAGAAGUGGGAGAUUCUGA